AUGAAUAAUCUUUAUGUAUUUCUGGCCUAGUAGGGAUUAAAUAGCUUUAUAUUAAUCUUUGGUCUUUGUAUUUGGAAAAUUGUUUGGGUUGAUAACUUUGAUAAUUAUGUCCCAAAAGGAAAUAUUCAAUCUGAUUGUUAAUCCUUCCUUCAUAAUAGAAAAGAAGUCUACAAAGCUGAAGGCUUUAGAGAUAUUAUUUCAUUAAUGUUCAAAGCGAUAUCUGAUUUUCACCCAAAGUAUUGGAUAGAAAACAUAGGAUUUGAUGGAUAUUGCUAUCUGUAUUUAUAGAGAAAAUUUUUAUAAUUUUUAGGGUAAAUUAUAUUGCUAGGAUGCCUUAUUUGGGGAGCAGGAACUUUGCUAUAUUCUUUGAAUCUAAAUCCUUAUAUUUAUUACUAUAUAGAUUCGAUAUUUCUCCCUUACAAACUCUCAAUUUUUAUGUUUACAAUCAGUGCUUUAUUCAUCAAUAAGCUCAUUUAUAUAAGGAAGCAUCUUUAAAACUAAUUAAUUGAUACUCUUUUUGGAAAGACUAGUAGUAAAGGUGUUGAUUGGAUGAAAUUGAGGACUAUAAUGGUAGAGGGAGUGCCAUUAAAUGAUUUAAAUGGGGAGAUGUUAAGGCAUAAAAUAGACAAUGAUCUUCAAGAUGAAGGAAAAUAUGCCAAUGUUGACUAAGUUAUGAUAAUACCUGCUUAUUCAAGAAUGCUUAAACUCAUUUAAAAACUUAGAGACCUUGAAACUGGAUAAUAAGUCAUGCAUGGUGAAGUUCCUUUCCUAAGAAAAAUAUUUUUAAAGUUAUGUGUACCAAGAAAGUAUUUAGACAAACUCAGUUUUGAGAAUAAAAAAAUUUCAAUUAAAUAAAAGAUUGAGCAAGAGACAAAAAAAAAAUAUUCAGGCUCUGGAUAUGCAAUUGUAAACUUCGAAAGUAUUGAAGCAGCUAAAUUUUGUCUUGAGAAAUAUAGUCCUAAUAAAACAUUUCUUUAAGUUGCUUUUGAAGCAGUCAAAAAUUGCUGCACAAAAUGCUGCACUUCUACACAUAUUUCUAGAGCAAGAACACAGAGUAUUGAUAGCGAUAUGUUGGCUAAUUAUAAAGAUUUUUCUAUUAUUUGCUAUGAGAUUCCAGAUCCUGCAGAUAUUGCCUGGCUUAAUUUAGAAGGUGAGCUAAGAGGAAUUUAGUUUUGGAGGAGAAUCUUGAUAAAUAUUUUCUUUAUAUUUAUGCUUUUGUUCUUUUCAACUCCAGCAGCUAUUUUUGCAUUCAUUUAAAAGUAUUUUAGAAUAGAUUUCUUCUAAUUCGGAUGGACUGAUUACAUCCCAAAACCUUUUGGUCCUCUACUUAAGCUUUAUCUUCCUGCUCUAGUUAUUGUGAUGUUAAAUCAAGUUGUUAUCUUAUUUAUUGAUUUAGUUACUUACCAAGAAAAGUUUUAGAGACAUUCAGUAUUUCAAAUUAGUAUUUUCCGUAAAUAUUAUCUCUAUCUCAUUUUCAAUGUAGUUAUUGUACCAGCUUUCUUUAUGGCAUCUCAAGAUUCUUUGUACGAAAUAUUAAUGGGAAAUAUUAAGGUUGAUUUUAGACAAGCAUUUGAUAGAUUAUAUACCUCAGAUCAUGGUAUGGUCUACUCGAUUAUUAUUUCUCAAAGUGCAGCAGUAUCUGUUUUUGUUUACAUAAACAGAAUCGGAGACUUAGUCAUGAACUAUUUUAGUCCUUACUUGACGUAUCACAAGAGAAUUUUUUAAAAUGAUGAUGAAAGCUAUCUUAGAACUGGAGAUGAAGUAUUUUAGUAUGGGUAUUUCUAUUCUUAGAUGCUAAUGGUUUUAUCAAUCGUUCUAUAGUUUAUGCUUUCUUCUGGAUGGGUUUUGGGAUCUGGAUACUUGUACUUCUUUUUAAGGCACUGUUUAGACUCGUAUCUAUUACUUACUAUUCAUACAAGGGAGAUUGAAAGCUCUGGACUGAUGGUUAACAGUGCUUUAAGAUAUGCUAUGAUUGGUGUCUUUCUUUUCUAAAUUUAAUUUCUAAUAGAUUUUUACUUAAAGCAAGAUUGGUACUAAAUGGUGAUAGCAGGAAUACUGAUUAUGUUUUCAUUUAUUAUAUUCUUUAUUUUAAGGUAACCUCUUUUCAAGAUAGACUUAAUUAAAGAUGACUAAAUUGAUUAUGCAAGAUACAAUAGAACUGAAAUAAAACAUGAAUGGAGAAAAUUGUAUAAACAUCCUUUAAUUUUAAAUCCAUCUGCUUCAUCUAGUUCCAAAGAAAUAAGAAAAACAGGAUUUAAGUUAAAUAGACCCAACCCUAGUUAAAAUAAAGGAGAUAAGGUUUCAAUUAAAAGCAGUCGUUAGAGCAGUAAUUAAAAUUCUAAAUUAUCAAGCAACAUAAGAAACCAACAAAGAAAUAGCUAAUUUUCUUAAAAUCAGUAAUCUCAAUUAACAGCUGCCAGCUCCAAUAAAUAAAUAAAAAGUAAAUUCUCUCAAGUUAAAAAUGGUGGGUUUGCCACUGAUACCGAUAAUGGAAUUAAUACUAGAGAAGAUACAGAGAUUUAUUAUAAUAGUAAACAAAAAUUAUUUUGA